CGAACACAAUUCACGCAAAAGGUUAGCUUAGUUACUGGUUGCUCUAAUUGCAGCCGCAGCUGUGUAAGAGGUUCCGAUCUUUCGGCGGCUCAUCUUACACAUACAGCUAUCCACCAUGAUGCUUCGCGGUCUUCCUUCGCGCGUGGGUCAGGUGGUGACGCUGCUCCGGGGGCCACAACGUGGUUGCCUGCGGCCUGUGUCGUGUCUCGCACCCGCUGCCUUUCAGGUGCGUGCCAAUGGCACGCCAUCGGCUGUCCGCCUCGCCCCGGCGUUGCAGCACCGCAGCCUGGCGACAGCGUUCACGGGCGGCCGCAGCUCCUUCUCUCCGCUGCGCACUGGCCUGCUGGGCUGCCAGCAGCUGCAGCAGUCCCCGCUGCUGACCCGCGCUGCCGCCACGGAGGCUACCCCCAAGGAGGAGACCUUCACCUACCAGGCGGAGGUUGACCGCCUGAUGGACAUCAUCGUCAACUCGCUGUACAGCAACCGCGAGGUGUUCCUGCGCGAGCUGGUGUCCAACGCCUCGGACGCGCUGGACAAGGCCCGCUUCCUGGCGGUGACCGACCCCUCCAUCAUGGCGGGCCGCGAGGAGCUGGAGAUCCGCAUCAGCACCGACAAGGAGAAGGGCACCCUCACCAUCGAGGACACGGGUAUCGGCAUGUCCCGCGAGCAGCUGCUGUCGCACCUGGGCACCAUCGCCCGCUCCGGCACCCGCAAGUUCAUGGAGGCCAUGGCGGCCAAGGGCGACUCCAACCUCAUCGGACAGUUCGGUGUUGGCUUCUACAGCGCCUUCCUGGUCGCUGACAAGGUGCGCGUGCAGUCCAAGAGCCCCGAGGACCCCAAGCAGUGGCUGUGGGAGGCGGCGGCGGGCAGCCACCAGUACACAAUCCGGGAGGACGACGCGGCGGACCUGGUGCGGGGAACCAGGAUCACUCUGUUCCUGAAGGAGGACGCCGCUGAGAUGUCCGACACGGUGCGCGUCACCCGCCUCAUCAAGCAGUACUCGCAGUUCAUCGCAUUCCCCAUCAAGGUGUACAGCCCCAAGAAGGAGCCCCGCAAGGUGCUGGACGAGGAGGCCACUGCGCGCAAGCAGGAGGCGGCGGACAAGAAGGCGGCGGAGAAGGGGGAGCCCAGCAAGCCGGUUGAGCCCGUCAUGAAGACGGAGUACGACGAGGUGUGGGACUGGCGGCUGGAGAACGAGAACAAGCCCAUCUGGACGCGCAGCCCCAAGGACGUCUCGGAGACCGCCUACAACGACUUUUUCAAGACCACCUUUGGCGAGUUCCUGGACCCGCUGGCGCACGUGCACUUCAACGUGGAGGGCACCAUCGAGUUCUCCGCCAUCCUCUACCUGCCGGGCAUGGCGCCAUUCGAGCAGCAGAACGCCAUGCAGCGCUCCAAGUCCAUCAAGCUGUACGUGAAGCGCGUCUUCAUCAGCGACGAGUUCGACGAGGACCUCAUGCCGCGCUACCUCUCCUUCGUGAAGGGCGUGGUUGACUCCUCCGACCUGCCGCUCAACGUGAGCCGCGAGAUCCUGCAGGAGAGCCGCAUCGUGCGUGUCAUCCGCAAGCAGCUGGUGCGCCGCUCCAUCGAGAUGAUGGAGGAGCUGGCGGGCAAGGAGGGCGGCGAGGACUACAAGACCUUCUGGGAGGCGUUCGGCCGGCAGAUCAAGUACGGCGUGGUGGAGGACACGGAGCACCGCGAGCGGCUGUCCAAGCUGCUGCGCUUCAACAGCAGCAAGGCGGAGGACAGCCUGACCAGCCUGGACGAGUACGUGGGGCGCAUGCGGGCGGGCCAGAAGUCCAUCUACUACAUGGCGGCGGACAGCGUGCAGGCGGCCCGCGCGGCGCCCUUCGUGGAGGCGCUGGUGGCCAAGGGCAUUGAGGUGCUGUACCUGACCGAGCCCAUCGACGAGGCGUGCGUCACCAACCUGGCCAAGUACGGCGACAAGGACACCAAGUACGAGCUGGUGGACGUGAGCAAGGAGGGCGUCAGCAUCGACGAGGAGGGCGAGGAGGAGAAGAAGGCGGCGGAGGAGGCGGCCAAGGAGAUGCAGCCCGUGGUGGACUUCCUGAAGAAGACCCUGGGCGAGCGCGUUGAGAAGGUGACGGUGUCCAACCGGCUGCUGGACUCGCCCUGCGCGCUGGUGACCAGCAAGUUCGGCUGGAGCGCCAACAUGGAGCGGAUCAUGCGCAGCCAGGCCCUGGGCGACACCCGCGCCAUGGAGUACAUGCGCGGUCGCAAGAUCAUGGAGGUGAACCCGCGGCACGACAUCAUCGCCGGCAUCCGCACGCUGCUGUCCGAGAAGGACGAGGAGCGCGCCGCCGACCUGGCUGAGCUGCUGUACGAGACGGCGCUCAUCACCAGCGGCUUCCAAGUGGACUCGCCCAAGGACUACGCGGCCAAGGUGUUCACGCUCAUGAAGAUCGCACUCGGGUACGACAUCCUGGAGGAGGCGCAGGAGCAGCAGCAGCAGGCGCCCGCAGCGGAGGCGGCGCCGAAGCAGGCGGCCAAGCCGGUGGCUGCGACGCCGGUCGAGGCGGAGGUGGUUUCGGAGGACCCCUGGAAGCAGCAGUAAGGGGGCGCGCUAGGGGGACGCUGAACACCGGGACGCAACGGUGGGGUAUAUACGGUAGUGGGUUGUUGUGCGGAAGACAUGUUGGCUAGAUUCAGGAGGGGUUCACAGCUGCAGUGGUGCAGCUGAUGAUGAUGGGAAGCCGGG